AUGUCCUACAACUGUUCUACAAGGAACUGUUCUUCCAGGCCAAUUGGAGGACACUGCACUGUCCCCGUGGCUCCAGCUGCCACAGCUUCUUCCCAUGAUGCCGACUGCCUGAGUGGCAUCUAUUUGCCCAGUUCCUUCCAGACUGGCUCCUGGCUCCUGGACCACUGCCAGGGGUCCACCUGUGAGUCCACUGCUUGCCAGCCAACCUCUUACCAGUCAAAUCCCUGUGUCUCCAGCCCUGGACAGGUGACCUGCUCUCGGCAAACCACCUGUGUCUCCAAUCCCUGCUCAACUACCUACAGCCGGCCACUCACCUUUGUCUUUAGUGGCUGUCAGCCCUUGGGUGGCAUCUCCACUGUGUGCCAACCGAUGGGAGGAAUCUCCACCAGGUGCCAACCGGUGGGGGGAAUGUCCACUCUCUGCCAACCAGCCUGCGGGGUCUCCAGGACGUACCAGAGGUCCUGCACGUCCAGCAUGUCCAGCUGUCGAAGAACUUGCUAA